AAUUUUCUUUUUCUCUUACAUUUUCAAUGAAAGAGAAGUGAAGAAUUUGAGAAUUACAUAUUAUUUUUAAUAUACAUGUCACAUAAAAUAGAAAAACCAUUGCCUAUGAGGCAAAUUGCUAUCAUUGCUGUUUGCCGUUUCGCUGAGCCAAUCUGCUUUACUGUUAUUUUCCCUUUCGUUGUGCAGAUGGUUAGAGACUUUCAUAUUGCAGAAGAGCAAAAUGUGGGCUAUUAUGUAGGUCUUAUUACGUCUUGCUUUGCUCUUACGCAGCUCUUAACAGGUAUACAUUGGGGAAUGUUAUCCGAUCGAAUUGGUAGAAGACCUGUCAUUUUACAAGGUUUGAUUGGAACAAUUACAAGUAUCUUAUUGUUUGGUUUAUCCAAAUCAUUCGUCUGGGCGCUUUUAUCGCGUAGUCUGUGUGGUUUACUUAAUGGUAACGUAGGCGUGCUUAAAAGUAUGGUAUCAGAAUUGACAAUGGAUUAUUCUGCACACCAAAGAGCCCGCGUUUUUUCGAUUCUACCGCUAAUGUAUGGUCUUGGCUCUAUCAUCGGUCCUAUGCUGGGAGGCUUCUUGUCUCAUCCUGUUACGAACUUUCCGAACGUCUUCAGCCAACUUGGUGCUGUUACUGAUUUUUUAACUGAAUACCCUUAUUUCCUACCGUGCUUUAUAUCAGCUUUUAUCUGUUUGCUGGGACUUAUAUUUGGCUUUUUCUUUUUGGAAGAAACACAUGUUGUUCAAGAGAAAAAAUCAAAUAGCAACGAUGAAGAAGAAGCUUUAUUAAAUACCUCGACAUCAAAGAAUGAUCAACAAUAUGCUACUUUCAAGACGAACUCGACAACUGGAUCUGUUCAAGUCAAGCACUCACCAACACCUACAAUUCAUAAUGAAGUCGCUCCUCCUACAUUGAGGGAAUCUCUUACGCCGUCUGUGUUAGCAAUUUGCAUUACAUAUGGUUUCUUUGCACUUCAAGCGGUUUUCAUGGAUGAACUAUUUCCAUUGUUUACAGCUAGUAGUCGAUCGCAUGGUGGUCUGGGAUUCUCUCCAAACGAAAUAGGCAUGGCAUUGAGUUAUGCCGGCGUAGUAACCAUCAUUGGUCAAAUCUUUGUUCUGCCUAGUUUAACAAAAAGAUAUUCAUUACUGCGCAUAUUCCAAGUUGUGCUGGCUACGAUGAUAUUCCUGUACAUGUCACAAGGUCUCAUUCGCGUUCUUUACUACGUACCAGAUCUACAUGGUCAGCAGAAUACUAAGUUUUGGGUUUGGGUCGGCUUAAUCGUCAACUUGACCAUUAAGACAAUCGGACAUACCAUUUGCUUCACAAGUUGUACCAUUUUGGUUAAUAAUGCAUGCCCGAGAGUUGAUGCUUUGGGUGCAGUCAAUGGUUUCUCUCAAUGUUGUGCAAGUGCUAUGCGAUCAGUUGGGCCGGCUAUUUGCGGCACAGUUUGGGCAGCGUCUUUAUCCGCUACCUUUUUCCCAUUCCAACUACGAGUUAACAUUACCUUUUUCGUACUUGCUUUGAUUGGUACAAUAACCUAUAUUUUAAGUAAGCGACUAAAUCCUGACAAUUAUGAGACGGCUCAUGCUCGCGAAGAAGUUGUGCAUGUUCACGAAAAUGCAGAAGCAGAGAAUGAAAGUAGCAAUUAAAAUCUAGAAAUUACAGAACUUUAGAUAUGCUCUGUAUAAAUGUAACGAUAUCCUAAUUCUUAUUCAUACUAAACUAAUAAAAAGGUCUUAUUGAAUAUUGCAACA